CCGCAGUUUUUGUGAUUUGCGUUUCAAGUGUAUGUUUGGAUCGGUAGGAGGAUUUAUCUUUUAGACUGUCAGUAAUGCAAGAAACGAUAAAAAAAUAACAUUAAAAUUAUGGAAACCUCCAAACAGACUUGUAUUGUAUUAAAUGAUGAAUAUAAAGGUGAUGAUAUGAAUCUCAAAUUAUCUUAUCCAGCUAACUAUUUUGAUAAUCUUGAAGACCCUGACUUAUCACAUGCAAAUGAAAAUGGGAUAUCCGAUAACUAUGCAGAAAUAUAUUCCCCAGCUGGUAGUAUAUCUAGUUCAGAAUCGGUUGAAAUUCCGUAUGAUAUACCUGAUAAUCAAAAGUACCAUGAUCUCGGUGCUUAUAUCAGCUCAGUUGUUGCUGCUUGUAAAAAUGAAUCCUUAAAUCCCAUAAAGCUCUGUCCACAGUUAUCUCAAGAAGGAACUGCUCAUCUAACAAAUGUGCAAUUAACCGAGUCAAAUGAUGACGUAGUACUUGAUCCAUCUACAGAUAUCGACACUACAGAUACAUCAAAUAUUAUGGGAAUAAAUAACAAGCAUGACAGUCAUUCAUCUCCUCUUCCUCAGCAGGAUUUAGAAGAAGCUGUGCCAUCAGAUUUGUUUAACGAUCCCCAUACUGAUGGAAACUUUGCAGAGGAAUUCGCUGAUUUUGUGAGUAAUGGUCCUGUUGAUGAAAAUUGGGCUACCUUUUCACCCGAAGUACAUCAAGACGAAGCUGAUGUAGUAGAUGAUAAACCUCCCGUAUCAAAUUUUAGAAAUUCUUUGGAAUCGGAAGAUGACAAUGACGACUUUGGAGACUUCACUAAUUGUGAACCAUCCAUUGUUUCCGCCUCAAUAACUUCUGUAAAUAUUCCAAAUAAUUUCGAACCUAUGAAGAAAGAACAGACAUCUACUCUUGGAAUUUUGGAACGCUUAUUGCAGAAACUGGAGCCAUCAUUGGAUAAAGCUUUUGGAGUUCAUCUCAAUCACCAGACUAGUGGAAAUCCAAAUGCGUCAACGGUAACUCGUAAAAGCAACAAACUGUACACAAAUGUCAAUAAAUCUGUUGACACAUCAAAUAACGUUUCAUCUUUGUCAAACUCUGCAUCAGGCAUAAUUACUAAUCGUAUCUGGUGUCGGUUAUGCAAUCCUGAUCGACUUCCUGAAAUAAAUCAACAGUGGUGGAAAUCUCCCAUUUUUAUGACAUAUUUGAAUGCUAUUGAUGUGAAUCCUCAAAACUCAAUUCCUGCAUUUGCUAGUCAACUUCGUCUACUGGAACCAGUUCGGUUGAAUAGUCAGGAUUCGCAGAAGCAUACUACAUUAAAUGACAAUUUUACUAAUCAAGAACAGCACAUAAAUGUUUUGUCAAUGGCAGAUAAUUACAAUGAUAAACCUUCAUCCAACAACAGUUCAAUGUCAAGCACUAAUUACAAUGAUACAGACAGUAAAGUGAACCAAGUUUUGGAUUUAGAUUUUUUCGAGACACGUGAAACUCAAAAUAAGCCUAAUAGUCAGACAAAUGGAAGUGUUAAACAUACAGAAUUAUCAGAUUUGGAAGCUGAACUUUCAGCUUUCACCAUUCCUCCACCGAUGACCACGACGACAACAACAACAUCAUCAGCAACAACAACAACAACAGUUAAACCACUACCAUUAUUAGUAGAAGCGGAUUUGAAAUUGCUAGAAAUCAAUAAACGUUCCAAGCUCAGUGAAUCUGUUCGUUCCACUUUGAAUCGUUUACCAAUGAUCAACUAUAUGCGUUCAAAACGUCUUAUGUUUCCAGUUCAACAACACACACAAGAAUAACAACUAACCACUGAGGAUAAUUUUUUUCUCAACAAUAUUCUUUUCUAAAUGUAACCACCAGCAAAUACUGCCAUACAAAUUCAUAUUGUUCAAUAGAAUAAGAGUAAGAAUAAAAUGCUUGUGUGUGCUAAUAAUAAUAGACUAGUAAAGCAACGAUAUAUUUUACAGUCUUUCUUUUUUUAAAUCUUCAAGUUUCUCUUUUUAAAAAAAGAAAAUUAAAACUUCUUCAUAAACAACUAAGCUGUGAUGUGUAAUUCUUCUCUUUUCCCACUGUUGUUUACCAUUGAUUGGAUCAAAUCGUAAGCGCAUCAUCAUCAUCAUGAUAAUUAAUGGUGUAUAGAAAACAAAGAGUAGAAAUUACGCUUUCAUUUCCGAAAAUAUUGUUGUGCUCUUUUACACUACUUUUUACUUGUAUUACAACACAAACAAUUAAAUAAAUAAUUAUAUUUAUACAAUACAGUCAAAAGUGCAAACAAGAUUUCACAUUACAUUUUUCUUUGUUUUGUGUAUACAUUUUACCUAAAUUUGAUCACUGGAUUGUAGCAGCAAAUAUAUAUAUACAUAUAUAUAUUUUACAAAUAGAUAGAGUACACUUGAAAACUUUUUUUUUCUACAUAAUUUCUAUUCGAAAAAGGAAAAAAAUAACCAAUUAUGACUUCUAUCGAGUAGUAUCAUUUUAUUACUGUAAAUUUUUAAACUACUUUUAUUUUAUUCUCUCAUAUUGUGUUAUUACUUUUGUUUAAUAAUAACGCAAUAAUGUGGUUGUCGUUGUUGUUCUUAUUGAUAUGGUGGCGGUAACAGCAUACUGGUUUAAAAGAUUGUUUUUUCCAAAUCACCUGUUUCUUCUUGUUUUAUCUGUCUGUCUGUUUGUUUUUUUUUACUGUUUUAUCAAGUAAAAUACAUUGACAAUUGAUCUUUUUUUUCUUUCAAAGCAUAAAUGUUAUGCCAAGUUGUAUUUUAUUUCAAUCUCUUCUUUCGCACUUUGUUCAUUUUGAAAGUAACAGUUGUUUUGUUAUGUUGAAUUAAAAAUUACUAUUACUAACUUGAUUGUUAUUUCCUGAUUUGUUUGAAUUUCGUUGUUUAUCAAAUAAUUCAAUGUUAAAUUGUUUGUUUUUUUCUUUUAAUGUAUCAAUGGAUUGUUGACUGACAAUUCUUUGUUUGUUUUUUUCUCUUCCUUUUUUUAUGCGAUUUCUAUAUUGUUGUAUUUUUUUUGGAAAAAAACCGCUUUUUGAAAAGUAUAUAUUUUGACUGAUUAUCUUGAAUAAAAUAAGAUUGAUUAUACG